GAGACUAACAAUGAAGCUAAGGAGAUGAAGGAGUUGGUAAAAACUUGUUUGGUACUUGGUGGGAAGCUAAGCGUAGGGGAUGUGUUGGGUCCGUUGAAGGUAUUGGACUUUUCUGGAACAAAGAAGAGGCUUGUAGAAGUCAUGAACAAAUAUGAUCAGCUAAUGGAGAGGAUAAUUGGGGAACAUGAAGAGAAAGCCUUGAAGGGUUUUGAUGAAGAUCAAAGAAAAGAUAUACUAGAUAUCUUGUUGGAGAUUUACAGAGAUCCUACUGCAGAAAUUAAGUUAUCUAAAAACGAUAUCAAAUCCUUCUUGCUUGACAUAUUUCUGGCGGGAACAGACACAUCAGCGUCAGCCAUGGAGUGGGCAAUGGCGGAGCUCAUUAAUCAUCCACAGGUCUUCAAAAAACUCAGAGAGGAGAUAAAUUCCGUGGUGGGUUCCAACAGACUAGUCAAAGAAUCAGACAUCCCGAAUCUUCCUUACCUCCGAGCAGUGAUUAGAGAAACCUUGAGGCUCCACUCGCCAGGUCCGUUGAUCGUCAGACAAUGCACAGAGGAUAGCGAGGUAAACGGGUUCAUGGUGAAGGCAAAGAAGAGUGUGAUCAACGCGUACGCAAUCAUGAAAGAUCCGGACGAAUGGAGUGAGCCAGAGAAAUUCGUGCCGGAGAGGUUCUUGGAGAAUACGGAGGAGAUAGUAGGAGAACAUCAUAUGGAAUUUAAAGGUCAGAACUUUCGGUAUGUACCGUUCGGAAGUGGCAGGAGAGGGUGUCCGGGAGCAUCGCUGGCGAUGUUGGUGAUGCAUGCGACGGUGGGUUCGCUGGUUCAGUGCUUUGACUGGAAAUUAAAGGAGGGAGAGAAGGUUGAUAAGAGCGAAGGCUCAGGUUUUGCUGCAGAAAUGGCUCGACCGCUUAUGGCAUACCCUGUUCAACAUCUUAACCCUUGUUCUUGAG